GUUUUUGGGAGUACGAUGUCAAAAAGAUAGAUGACAUCCGAUUUAAAGAAAACUUUCGUCUAAACAAAGAAGCUUUUCACAAAAUAUGUGAAAAGGUUAAGGAAAUCGGAAAGUCCAACAGCAACACGCGACUUUGCAUUCCACUUCAGAAAAGAGUGGCUAUUGCGUUGUAUGCGUUAGGUUCUUCAGCGGAAUACAGAACUGUAGCAAGUUUAUUUGGCGUAGGACGCACCACAGUUGGGGAAAUAGUUGUGGAUUUUUGCAAAGCUGUGUGCACAAAUUUAUCGGAUUGCAUCAAUUCCUAUCCCCCAAGCACAGAAGAAGUAGAGCGAAAUGUACAAGGUUUUGCACACCUUGGUUUUCCGCAAUGUUUUGGAGCAAUAGAUGGCUGCCACAUUGAGGUUCAGCCGAAAAAGGAAGAUGCGAUCGAUUAUUACAAUUAUAAGGGGUGGUAUUCGGUUGUUCUGCUGGCAAGUUGCGACUAUAGAUCAAAAUUUACAUAUAUACACGUUGGGUAAACUGGAAGAAAUAACGAUUCGUAAAUUGCUCAGAGCAUCAAAAUGAUUGGAGAUGUUAAUGUCGCCGUAAUACUUAUUGGCGAUUCAGCCUUUCGAUUGUCGCGUUACAUGAUGAAGCCUUUUCCAUACUCACCAAAUCAACCAGUGUUAGAAAAAACAUUUAACUAUCGUUUAUCCAAAUGUCGCAGAGUUACAGAGAAUUCGGUCAACUAAAAGCUCGAUUUAGAAAAAUUGGCAGAGGUUUACCGGUAGCUCCAAAAAACGUUAACGUUAUUAUACAUGCAUGCUGUAUUUUGCACAAUUUUCUAAAAAUUGAAAAUGAUGAAAUUCCUUCUUCGUGGAUCCAAGAUGCUGCAGAAAUAAGUACAGAAAUUCAACCACAUCACACUACAAGAGCUGGGGAAAAUGAUGAAACAGCAUCGGCUAUUAGAAAUGCAAUAGCUCUGAGUUUUCAUGAAGGUGAUGGUGACGGCAACGAAGGUGGCAGCGGACAUGAUGGUGGUGGUGACGGCAACGAAGGUGGCAGCGGACAUGAUGGCGAUAAAUAA